UAAAUAUAGGCUUAGUAUGAUCACAUACGUAUCACUUCUGAUUCAUAUGUAGUCUUUGAAACGCCAAAAACCAAACUCUAAUAAUUGAACUUAACGCUAAUAAUAUAACCUCCCGGUAAGCGUUGGAUUCGAUCACGUGUCCGAAGUAAAUGCGAAUGAUUGGUGAAAUAAUUACACCUGGUAAUUUGCUGCAGGAGCGCAUUACAACCGUUCCACUGCUGAGCAGAAAUGCCGAGCUGAGUUUAAAGUUUGACGGAUUUUGUUUAUGUAGCCUAUAACGUUAGUCUAAUAGAGCAUUUCAUCGUAUUCAACAUGGGGAGUCAGGGCUAUAGGUAUUCAUCUUCAGGGUCUGGUUGCAAUCAGUCCCCUGGUGGCUUCACCACACCUCUAAAACAAAGGUCCAGGCCAGACGUACUCUGUGUGGUGCCAUGCACAGUCUCCCACCUCCACUCUGCCUCUGAAACCCACAAUGGUUUUACAGUUGGAGAGACUGAGCUCACCAUGGUGUCUCUAGUGGGGAUUGUGAAGAGAGUUACGUCAUCGAUGUCAUCUCUGCUGUUCUUGUUGGAUGACAUGACAGGACCACCCAUAGAUGCCCGAUUUUGGCAUGACUCUGAGGAAGAUGGUGUGAAGAAUUCUGUCAUCCCCCCAGGCACAUAUGUCAAGGUCAUUGGCAGGCUCCGUUCCUUUGAGAACCAUAGGUCAGUGAUUGGCCUUAAACUCCGUAGACUGCAGGACCUGAAUGAGAUCACCUCCCAUAUCCUAGAGGUGGUCCAGGCCCACAUGCGCAAUAGACGAGCUCCACUAAACAAGGUGAAUGAAACAACACCGAGUUCUAACAGGAGUGAACUGCACCCAAGUGUUAAGAAGGUGGAAGGUGUUUCCUUGGAUCCAGACUCGGGUUUCAGCCCCAUUCAGAACGAGGUCUUUAACCUGGUAAAGGGCUGUUCAGACCAUCAAGGACUGAGCCUCUUGGCUCUGAGAAACCGUGUAAAGCCUCAGUAUGCGUCCCAUGUCAAGCAAUGUUUGCAGUUUCUCAAAGAUGAAGGCCACAUUUAUACCACCGUUGAUGAUAAUCACUUCAAGACAACUUAUGAUUGAUGUGCUGUCACCAGUCGUAUUGGAGUUGCCAUGGCUUAGCCGAAGAUUGUAUAGUAUAGAGUGUUGUGAUUAAAGUUGGGUCAGGUAGAAGCUAUGUACAUGAUUUGACUCUGAAAAGCUCAUCAACUAAAGGACUUUAUUUGUGCAGCAUAUUCCUUAGAGGAAUAGGAUUUAAUUUAUAUUUUCAACAUGUUCAGAAUUCUGUAGAAUUCACUUUGAAAAAAGGAAAGUAAGGUCUUUGUUGGUAUUUUGUUUUUGGAUACUUUUGGAACUUUAUGGACCCUAAAAUAAAAGAGUAUAUCCAA